GAAAAAAGCCCCGUACUCACGUCCUCGUGUGAAUCGCCCAAAAUCUCUCUCUUUUCUUUUAUAUUUUCUGCACAGAAAAAAAAAAGAAAGAUAGAUCACAUUGAAAUCGCUAUAAUUUCGUUAUUUCUUCAUUUAUCUCUAAAACCCUAAAUUUCUUUUUGGUCCCUUUCUAAACCCUAAUCUUGAAAACCCUAAAUCUUGAGAGAAUCGGUUAUUGAAUAUAUUAGUUUUCUCUAAUAGGGAGGCGAACUUAAAACUCAUUGACAGGACUCACCUAGUAUUAUUGCAUUUGCUUUGGUUGUUUUAGAAUUUUGAGCUGAGCUGACUAGCGAGUUGACUCGAUAUAGAAAGUUAAAAUUUUUUUUUCCGAGUUAUUUGGGGUUGAAUUUGGAGUAUGUGAUGAUGGAGGAGAAUAACGGGAUUGAUUGUUUAGAAAAUGCGAGCACGAGCGAGGGAAAGCCACCGAAUCCUCGUACGCCUUCGUAUAUGCAGCAGUGCCCGACCAGUGAUGGCGUUUUGAAGCCUUGUAAGAAGUCCCUGGUUCGACACCCGUCACUUCAGGUGAAGUCAAAGGCAUCAGAUAUUGCUGUUGAAAAUGGACAUGCUAUAGAGAAUCAUGGUGCUGAUUUCAUCCCUAUAGUCCGUUCCGGAGCAUGGGCUGACAUAGGGUUUCGAACAAGCAUGGAAGAUGUAUAUUUGUGUGUUGAUGAUUUUAUGCAUGAUUAUGGGCUCAAGAAUUUUGCUGAUGGGCCUAGUGCCUUCUAUGGGGUGUUUGAUGGACAUGGUGGGAAGCAUGCUGCUGACUUUGCUUGCUAUCAUUUACCAAGGUUCAUUGUUGAGGAUGCAGACUUUCCUGGAGAGAUUGAGAGGGUUUUGGCUUCAGCAUUUCUGCAAACUGAUACUGCUUUUGCAGAAGCUUGUGCAUUGGAUUCGGCCCUUGCUUCUGGUACCACUGCAUUGGCAGCUCUUAUUCUUGGGAGAAUGUUGGUUGUGGCAAAUGCUGGAGAUUGUCGAGCAGUUUUGUGCCGUCGCGGCAAAGCCAUUGAAAUGUCAAGAGAUCACAAACCCAUUUGCAAUAGAGAGAAAAAACGCAUUGAGGCAUCUGGAGGUUAUGUAUGUGAUGGUUACCUCAAUGGGCAACUUAAUGUGGCCCGUGCUUUAGGAGAUUGGCACGUGGAAGGAAUGAAAGGUGCAGAUGGUGGGUCACUGAGUGCAGAGCCUGAGCUUAUGACUGCAAAUCUAACUGAGGAGGAUGAAUUUCUUAUCAUAGGAUGUGAUGGGCUUUGGGAUGUGUUCCGGAGCCAAAAUGCUGUUGAUUUUGCGAGGCGGAGGCUUCAGGAGCACAAUGAUCCAGUCAUGUGUAGUAAGGAUCUGGUAGAUGAAGCUUUGAAGAGGAAAAGUGGGGAUAACUUAGCUGUUGUUGUUGUUUGCUUUCAAUCCCAUCCACCCCCGAACUUGGUUGCCCCUCGUGCAAGAGUGCAGAGGAGCUUUUCUGCUGAGGGGUUGAGGGAGUUGCAAAGCUUCUUGGAUAGUUUGGGAAACUGAGAUGGUGACGAAUGCUUACUUUUUUCUUUAUAUUUGCCCCCUUCCAACUGAGUAGUUCAUUUGUAGUUUUAGGUAUUGAGAGAGAAUGAGUGUCAAUUGUAACAUACGCGGCUGCAAGUCGAUCCACAUAAUUUGGUGUUUCAGGAGUAGGGGUUUAAAUUUAUCUUAUUUUGGCCCUUGUUAGGCACUUAUUCAAGCAGAAAUAUUUAUUCCAUGUUACCGGUUAAGAUUGAUUAAUGUUUGUAUUCCUUUAGGUGUA